AAGACAGUCAGUCAGUCAGUCACGCAAAGUCGAAGCAUCCUUUUGUUCGAAAAAUUCUUGAAUAUUCUUUUAAUGAUAAAUUAGUGUAAUAAUAUAUGCCAAUUACAAGUACUGCGUAUAUUUAAACAUAAAUCAGUUUUUUUGUGCCGAACUGAAGGUCAAUUACAUUCGCAUUCCAAACGGUGACGACAUCACUAUUUUUGUUUACAAUUUCAUAAGCAAACGUAAGCAUGUCGGAUCUCUCCUAUCUUGAAACGAUUUCCAACAAAGAGCUGCACGCUAAAUGCCUGGAAUAUGGACUACCAAAUAUACCGGUCACCGAUACUAGUCGCAAAGUAAUUUUGCGUCGUUUGCGCAACACUAUUUUAGGCACACAAAACAAAAAAACUGCUGCCACAAAGUCGCCAAGACGUGAAACCGUACACAGCAGUAAGGCGACACCGACAGAUGUCACAAACGCGAAUGAGCCGCGAUCGGCAGAUAAAGUUCCGAGGCGCAACAACAACAUAAACAACACUCGGCGAACUAUUGCUGCCACGCCUCAGGAAUAUUAUCCGCUAGAAAGCUCAUCUGUGCGCUCUGUACAAACAACAACAACCGUGUCCGAUGUGGGCUCAUCAGAGGAUGAUGAUUACUACUAUCAAAUGAAUACACCAACAAGCCUUAAGUCCCAGCGAGACGAUUCUCGUCAGCGUCGUUCUGUCUCAUUAAGCAAAUCCGGCGUACUAACCACGUCAUAUACACGCGAGGUGGAGAAGCCGCAUUACGAGGAAGAACCCGACGAAGAGCCAGAGGAGCCACAAAGUUAUACAUAUCAGCGACCUCAGGCGACUACUACAGCACCUGCAUUCAAGCUACCCGUAUAUGAGCAGCCCAUUGAACGCAGCUAUCGCCCAGAACUGUCUCGGCAAAAUUUGACCCAAACACAGCUGAACUCAACCAGCUAUUCUGAAGCACCUAAUGAAUUCACUGAGACUCGCAUGCAACAGGCGUAUCGGAAUACUUACAGUGGCUCAGCGGCGCCUUUCAAUGCGGCUAAUACAACAACAACAACAUCAGGAAUACGACAGCGUCCAAGCCAUGUAGAAACCGGUGCUGCCAGAGCACGCUUGCCCACGUACAAGGUCAACACAUUGUAUCCCCAGCUGAAUGAUUUCUACGAUCAGCACAACAACUCUAUUGAGCCGAUGGACACAGAAUCGGAUAGUGAAUACGAGCCGGAAAUUCAACGCCAACCCCAGCUGCAGCGUUCAUCUGGCGGCAAUGUAGAAUCGCCCUACUUGAGUCAUUUUUCGCGCCAGCUGGAUACAAGGAAGAGAUCCUCACCGUUGGCCAGGCCUCAAAUACGUACAACCGUUCGCCAAGAAGAUCCAAAUGCUACCAGGCAGAAAUUUCGAGAACUGAUGGAAUCCCUAGAUCGUCAAUAUAAUCUCAAGUUUUAUUUCUGUCUAACGGUGGCAGUCAUAUUAGCCACGUUAAUAUAUGUGAUAGUCACUCCUGCUGUCUAAAGCAAUAUGAGAACAUCUCUAUAUGAUUAUGCAUUAAUAUUAAUCUGUAAAAGAAUUGUAUGUUUUUACAUAUUCCACAUAAAUUAUUUCUAGAAAGUUCUCAACUUUUGGUCAUGGCUUAACUUAGAAUAUUCUUGUGUACAGAAACUGUAUUUAAAAUUGCUAUAAAUGCAUAUUAGAUAAAUAACGAACAAAAAAUAUAUUACUGAUUCUAUAUAAAAAUAAAUAAUUUCUGACUGACAUGAUGAAAUCAGAAGCAUCUUAAAAGAUAACCUCAAAAAAAUAAGAUUUUUUGCAACUUGCUAACUAAAUAUUUUCUUCGUAUGUUUCUUGAUUAGAUCUUAUGUCUUCUUUUUGCCUAUCUAUAAUAAUAUAAUUGUAGCACAGAAUUUGGUAUUUCAUUGUUGCUAUUAAAUUAUUAAAUAAAACACGAGAAAACCAA